CCCUCUGUAGAACACACAGCUUGCUGCAUUGGCACUGAAUAUUGGACUGGUUUAGAUUAAGCCAUGAUACCAUUAAUGCUUUGCACUUACCAGUGAGUAUGAUAUUCCGCAGAAAAUGCAAGGUAAUUCAGUUCAGACUUGCUCUGUGUUUUUGAAUGUGGUUGAUUAACAAUGCAACUCCUGUUUCUUUCAGUCUGCCAAAUUAUUCAACUAUGCCAAAUGGGAGAAAACCUGCAAAACUCUUUUUGUUCUGUUUGCCAUAGUGUUUAUGGUAACACGACUGAUCAUCUUCCCAUUCUGGCUGAUUCACUGUACAUGGAUCUACCCUGUUCGCCACUACCCCGCCUUCUUUGGCUACUACUUCUUCAACGUGAUGCUGGUGGUCCUUCUCUGUUUGCACAUAUUCUGGGCCUACCUCAUUCUCCGCAUGAUCAGAAAAUUUAUGUUUGGCACUCUGACCAGAGAUGAGAGAAGUGACAAUGAAGAGGAAGUGGAGGAAGAAAGCAGCCUGACAGAGGACGAAGCUGAGGAGCAGCACAAACUUGGCAAUGGAUCGGCAGUUGAUGAGAAGGACAAGAACGGCUGUUUUGGAUGCUUGUCUCCACCAGAGAACAUCUGCCGGUCAAAGACUGUGUACUGAUUCACCCUUAGGAUAAUCAUUAGAGUCAAAGAUGUAAGAAAUAUAACAAUGGUUAAAAUAUUUUCAUCCAAUAGGAACCAAAAAUAUAAGAGAAACGUGAUUUAUUCCUCCAGAUGCUGUAACACGACCUAGCCUUGCUGUUCUCACAGUGCUUUGAACUGCACAGGCAGAGAGCAAGAGGCUCUGUUCCUCCCCACAGUGUUGUCACAGGUCAAAAGAGAGCAGCACGCAAGCAAACCCCACUGUGUGCUUAUUGUCCUAUAUAAUUUGUUCUGUCUUGUUUGUGAAGAGCAAAGCUGGUGCGCUGUGGAACAUGAAUU